UUUUUUAAUUUUUAAACAUUUUUUAAAAUGUAUAUAUAGUUUUAUUUUUGUACUUAUUUUGUUGUUGUUGUUGUUGUUGCUUGUUUGUUUUUUGUUUUGUGUACCUUUAAGACUGAAAUCUGUCUGGGCCAUUGAUGUAUUAUAUUUCAUAUUUGAGGUAUGAAUGUACUCUAAUCCAUGGCUAAAAAAGCCGUACAGACCCAAUCGAAAGCUGAGCAGCUGCUCGAGGGGCGUUUGUAACCAAUCAGAGCCGCAGCGCGGCGUCACUGACAGGCUGAGUGACCAAUCGGAAUGGAGUGGGCGGGGCUUGUGUGCGAGAGUUCAGGGCUCGGAGAGAGACGCCGCUGCCUUUUAGUCGACUUCCCGACGGGAUAUAAAAACCAAGGAGCGGAAAUCUGAGUUUGUUGACAGAGUUUUUUAGAUUCGAAUCUAAUCGAAAAGGACGAGGAUGAGUGUCAGGUGUACAUUUAAAAGCUCGGUAAAGGAUUACAAGCUGGAAUUUGUGGCCUGUUUUGCUCGUGCAGUGGAACUGUAAGGGCGAAGUGUGUGCUGGACUCGGAUGGGAUUGUUCCUCGGUUCGGGUCCAUCACUGGCUGGACGGUUUGGAGGAAAAAAUGCGAUUUGAGAGCGAGGAAAAGCAGGACUGAGUUCUUCUCAGGGUUUCAGAGGUUCUCUGUGCAGUAUUUCCUGUCUGAAAGCCGAGCGAGGAGGUCUGUAGAUGGUGGAAAGAGCCGAGCCUGGACCUACUUCCAGCAGCCACACGGAUUCCUGUCUUCCUGUCUUCCCUUCCUGUCUUCCUGUCUUCCUGUCUUCCUUCCACUUUCCCCCUUCACUUUCAGCAGUUCUAAAACAAUGCAACCCUUUGUGCAUAAAAUAAGGAGGAAACAGUGCUGUUAUUCCCCACCGUUACCGGUGUCAGGGUGUUGAGCGUGAACUUCGAGAAGUUCAUGAAGGUGGAUGAAUGAGUUGUUUGGAGCUCGGUGGGUUCGGUGGAUUCGGUUCUCCCAGAGUUUCUUUCCAAAAAAAGGUUCAAAAUGGUUGAGAAUAGGUGUUGCCUUAAGAGAGAAGGGGUGUACCGGUGGUUCUCGGGUCUGAGCUCGGCUCAGAGGGCCGAGUUCCUGUGCGGACUCUUGGAUCUUUGCGUUCCGGUGGAGUUGCGCUUCCUCGGGUCCUGCUUGGAGGACUUGGCUCGCAAGGACUAUCACUCUCUGAGAGACGCCGAGAUCAAGGCCAACAACCCGGCCGACCUGGCGCUCCUGGCCAACAUGGCGGACGAGGUGGUACGCAGCAAGCUUCUCGUCUCGCUCGCGCUGCUCGGGUCGGACAACCGGGUGGCGGCGGGCGUGCUUUUCCGGACGCUCACGCAUGUCGACGCCAUCAUCCACGAUUACGGGCUGCGGCUGAGUGACGGGAGGACCGGCGAGCAGUUCCUGCUGCUCUUCACCAUGGCCGCCAAUCACCCGGCCUUCAGCUUCCACCAGAAGCAGGUGCUCAGACAGCAGCUGGCACAGAUCCAGGAGAUCCUGCAGUCCAACGGGUCCGACACGGCGCACGGAGGAAACGCCGGAUCACCUCCUGUCCCUACUUCAAUGCCCACGUACAUCAGCGCACCUGCACACCUUACCUGCUGCACGAAGACCGUGCCCCGAGAGGUGACGACAGGCCCCGUGGACGAUGGUCUGGGGUCAGAGGUCAUGUCCUCGACCCCUGCUCUUUCUUGCCAGGAGCUGCCUAUGAAAAUGCAUGCUGGGAAACCUGGAAAAGUUCGAGUCGAGAGGAUCGAGCUGAAGGGAGUCACACACAAAGUGGACACAUCAACAGAAUGCAAACUGGAGGUCGUGUGGUCCGACUCCACACUGUCGAUCAUUAGCAAGACGUCUCAGGAAGUGAUGGAGCUAGUGUCCCAGCUCUCCCAGCUCUUUCCUGAUGACUGUCUGGAGAAGUUCCUGCCCCAACCCGGUGUUGACCCUCAUGAGCAGGACCUGAGAUGUUUGAGUUCCCUCCCGGCUCACGUUCUCCAACACGAGCGAGUGCGGCUCUUCUGCUCAUCUUCCAGCCAACACCCUCCCUCCCCUACCAAUCUGAGCUGUCUGCUUCAGUACAGAGGAGCGAGCAGGGCGGUGUGUGGUGUCGCGAGUGUUCAGCCGGUGGUAAACGUUCUUGCCCCGAUUCCCCAGCCCUCACCUGCACAUCUACCCCCUCCGCCCAUCCUGCCCCUCCACCCGAGCCCCGCUGUACCCGCUAUAGGAGAAACCAACUCACCUCAAACACCACAACACCAACAACAACACCAGCCACACCCACCCGGCCCCGAGCAGAAUGGCAUCCUGGACUGGCUGCGUAAGCUCCGCCUCCACAAAUACUACCCCGUCUUCAAGCAGCUCACCAUGGAAGAGUUCCUUGCUCUGACAGAAGAGGACCUGAAUAAGUAUGACCUCACUCAGGGAGCCAAGAAGAAGCUGAAAACCCAGCUGGAGCUGCAGAAGGAGAAGUUGGAGAAGAGAUACACGAUGUCUCCGUUCCCCGUGCCCUGUGGUGGAGUAGCGAGAGUGACGCCUUCCACUUACAACGGCCCCAUAACACACACACACUCGAGCAGCAGCAGUAACACAGAGCUGAGUGUGGAGGUGGAAGCCGGUUCUCUGUCCUCCCUCAGGGACAGCAGCUCAUCAUCGGGUUACUCCAGUUCUCCAUCCAGUCCCAUGACUCCUCUGAAAGAGACUCAUAGACGUGCCGAUGUGGAGUGUGUAGAAAAAGAUCGUGUGUGUUUCCUGCUCAGCACCACAGGUUCCGGUCCGAGUCGCCCCACGGCUCAGGUUCUCCCGGUGCAGAACGAUCCCUCCAUGUGUCCGUCUCAUCCCAGCGUGACCCUUCCCUCCCUCCCACUGCUGGCCCCGGGCAGAGGACUCGGCUCCGCCUCCCGCAAGCCCCGCCUACCCCUGCUCUGCACUGCGAUGAGUGUGGAAGCUCCUCCCCCAGGGCAUCAGGAUGCGGAAACGUGCACGGCGCUAACUGCAACCUCGAACACCCUCCAUCACAUCUCACAUCCGUCGCUACACUUCCAGGUUUCAGCCACGCCCGGUCACGCCCGAUUGGCUCAAUACCCGAACCCCGCCUCUUCCUCCUCCUCCUCGUCUUCUUUCUCUUCCUCGUCGUCUUCAUUUUCCUUUUCCUCGUCCUCCAAACCCACCUUCUCACCCAUCAGCACUGUUCCCAUGGCGGCCGUUUCUGGAAACACGUACAGCGCCAACAGCGCCUCCAUAGUAGCCCCGCCCACCACCAGUCCCGUCACAACGGAAACAGCGUGCUACGGCUCCGCCCAGUCCAACGGUAUGACGGCGUGCGUGUGCAGCUCGUGUGGCUGCAGCGGAAAGUGCGGAUCGUUCUACUUCCCGCACCCGUUCUCCAGUACGUCCCUGUUCACCUUCGGCCCGCUGCUCCACUUCAGCCCGCUCCUCGCAGGGAGUGGCUCCGCCUCCCCGUUCUCGUACCCAAUUGUGGCCCCGCCCCUAUACAACAGCAGCCUGUCACAUGACUCACAGCAGAACCUCCUCCUUCCCCCAAUGCAGGGCUUUCUAGGAGGCGGGGCUAACAUGUACCAGCCCUACGGCAUGAUGGGAAACGGAGGCGCGGUGCAAAAGAAGGCGGGAAACGUUUCCUGCUACAACUGCGGGCUCAGCGGCCAUCGAGCGCACGACUGCAAACAGCCUCCGAUGGAUUCGGCUCAGCAAGGUAUGUUUCGUCUCAAAUAUUCUCCUCAGUCGGACAGCCAGGACUCUGGUGACUAGCCGUUAUUUACAGCGUGUGUGAGGUUUUCCAAGCAGAGCCCACAUCCGUGUGUGUGUGUGUGUGUGUGUGUGUGUGUGUGUACUGGGUUUAAAGCACUCCAGUCUCUGAUCCUUCGAACAUGGAAACUUUUUGAGACUCUCACAGACUUUCGCUCGGAGAGAAGCCGAGAAGACGAGCCGGACGUCAGGGAUGAUCCUAACACCAAAACUGCGUAAAAAUGGCCGCCGGGUUUUUAAGCCGCUCCUUCCUCAGGUCCUCAAUCGGCCUUGUCCUGUUUUUUCUCAGUGUUAUGCACUAAAUAGCGUGCGUAGAUGCCUAAGUCUCGCACUUUUCUGACGGACCUGGCGGAACGAACACUGCCGAAUUGGACUCCAGCGCAGGACUGGACGGAAAUUUCCGAAGUUUUGUUGCUUCAUUUAAAGUGGCUACGUAUUGUUGUUGUUUUUUAUUUUUUUUAAAACUUUUUAUAACAAGACUUUUUUCGUGUUGCGUUUAUUUACGAUGUCUUUUUUUGGACGUUAAAAUAGUUUUUAAUCACUUCAGAAAUAGUUUUUUUUUUUAAUUUUAUUUUGUAACAUCAUGUUCGUUUUGCUCAGCUACAAAACCUACAGUGUUUGCCAUCAUAGUGUUUAAAACCACGCCUACGAUUUUUAAUCAAAACAAAUCGACAGUGUUUCUGUAGUAUUUACUUUGUAGUGCUUGAAAGUUUGUGAACCCUUUAGAAUUUCCUAUAUAUCUGCAUAAAUAUGACCGAAAACAUCAUCGGAUUUCCACACGAGUCCUAAAAGUAGAUCUGGAGGACCCGGUUAAACAAAUGAGACAAAAAUGUUAUACUCGGUCAUUUAUUUAUUGCGGAAAAUGACCCAAAAUUAGACAUCUGUGAGUGGCAGAAGUAUGUGCACCUCUAGGAUUAGCAGUUAAUGUGAAGGUGAGAUUAGAGUCAGGUGUUUUCAGUCAGUGGGAUGACGAUCAGGUGUGAGUGAGUGAGCGUCCCGUUUUAUUUAACAGGGUUCUUUAGGGUACUUUUAGGAUGUGUUUGAAAAUCUGACGAGGUCAUAUUCGUGCAGAUAUAUAGGAAAUUCUAAAUGGGUUCACAAACUUUCAAGCACCACUUUAUGUGCCAAUAAUAAUAUUCAUUGUGAUAUUCAAAAAACACAAUACUGUUAUAUAAAAUAUAGCAAAUCCCACUGCAGCGAAUUCUGCGUAGUAAGGUAUUAUUCUGGACAAAUUUGAGCGGAAAAUCCCAGAAUUGUCUUCGCACGACGAGAAUAACCAGCAAAGUAUUAAAAAAAAACAAAAAAACAAAAAAAAAACUGUCAGUGCUGAAUCGAUGUUUUAGAUUGUAAUAACAUUACAUCUUCGUCAUCACCUGUCUGUCUGAAAUUUAACAGCAUCUUAGUUUAUUUUAGAUCUCCAGAUGUACAUAUGCAUGAUUUUUCAAUAUUUCUAAGAUUUUUAAAAAAUUUUUUAUUUCUAAGAGACAUUUCGAACGAAUGUAGGUUCACAAACCUAAAUAAUUAGCACCUUAGCUAAUUCAGUGAGGCGUCAGCGGCAGUUCUGCAUCAAAACGUCGACGUGUUUUCAUGUAAAGUGUUGACUUUUUGUUCAUUUCAUCAGCUAACAAGUGACUGUUUAGUACAGUUCCUGAGCCAACUUAACACGGAGCUAAAAUAGCUAAAAUUCCUUUGCUAAUUUAACUUCAUUAAAUUUCGUUACUUAAUUUAACGAGGACUUCGGCUGCCUGAAUAUAGCACUUCUAAUUUAACGUUGCAAAGUUUCUCCGGCUUAUUAUUUAGUAAUGACUGAGCUAAGCAUUCUUGGAGAAUUAGCGAGACAUUGUUGACUUGACUUAGCCAAGUUAGCUCAAUUUCAUAGAUAAUUUAAUAAAGGACAUCACAACAUUUCUUUAUUUGAUUAGCAAGGUCUUUGCCGACUCCUUUUCGUGUACGAUGUAGUUAGUACUGUGUUAAACUGCUUUAGCUAGGUAGCAAAGACUUGGCUAAAUUAGUUAAGGGAAAACUGUCACUGAAAAUAAUUCGUUAAUACAGUGAGGACUUUGUUCAAUUUUCCAAAUUUCAAAUUUCCUUCAGCUUGUUAAAAGGACUUUGAAGUUUCUUAGAUAAUAUAGCAAGGACGUCCUUAUCUAAUGUAGUGAGAAUUUUAGGUUAAUUUAGUUCAGAGCUCCCUACAUUCCUUUAGCUAGUUAAAAGCCUUUCCGAAACUAGCUAAGAAAAUUUAGCGAAGAUCUGACUGAAAUGGCCUUAGAUAAUGUAGCAAAGAUUCCGCUAAAUCACAUUAGCUAACGUAGCUAGGACUUUGCUAAAUUUCCUCAGCUAAUGUAGUGAAGAAUUUGUUAAAUAUCCUUAGCCAAUUUAACAAGCAUUUUCAUUAAAAUUUCCUUAGAUAAUGUAGUGAAGAUCUGGCUAAAAUCCUUAGCUAAUUUCGUGAAGAAUGUUGUAAAUUUCCACAGCUAAUUUAGUAAGGAUUUUUGCUAAACAUCUUUAGGUAAUUUAGCUUUUCAUUUACGUAAAUAACGUAAUGACGCAUUUGCUAAAUUUCCUUGGCUAAUUUAGUGAAGAAUUGCUAAUGUAGCAAGGAACUUUGCUACAUUUCCAUAGCUAAUUUCACUAGGAUUUUCACGACAAUUCCUUUGAUAAUGCAGUAAUGAUUUUGCACAAUUUCCAUGACUAAUUUAGCAAGGUAUUCUGCUAAAUUUCCAUAGCUAGUGUAGUGAGGAUUUUUGCUCAGUUUAGUGAAGAAUAUUGCUAAUUUAGCAGUUAAUUUUUCUAAACUCCCAUGGUUAAUUUUACAAGGAUUUUCUACCUUUACAUUCGGAAUUUACCAAGGAUUUCCACUUAAUUUCCUUAGAUAAUGUAGGAAGAAUGUCCUGCAUUUCCAGUUAAUUUAGCAAGGUAUUCGUGAUAAAAUUCCAUCGUGUGUUUAACAAGGAUUCGCUGAAGUAACACGAGUUUCCAUGAAAUUUCCUGAGCUAACGUAGCUAAGACUUUGCUUAAAUUUCCUUAGCUAUUUAGUUAAGACGUUAAUAAAUUGCUUCAUCAUUAUUUACUUUUUUUUUUUUAAAAAUCCGAACUUGUGAUGAAAUUCCAGAGAAUAUUUUGUUAAAUACAUUUCAGCGAAAGCUCAGAUGUUCAUUUCAGCCAAAACACCUUUCUACUUCAUUUCAUCAGCGAGCUUUGCAUGUCGCCUUUUUAUAACAGUUCUUUACACGAGUCUGUUUUCGUUUUGUUUUUUUUUUUAAACAGAAAUGUCUGGUGCAAUUUUUGUAUUUAAUGUUUGAUGCUGAAUUCAGAGUAUUGUUUGUAUUCAGAGUUAUUUUAUAUACGGUUAUUUGAGACAUUUCAGAAUUAAACUCGUUUUCAGAUUUACCUCUACGUGUGUGUGUGUGUGUGUGUGCGAGAGAGAUUUCCGACUGGUACGUUUAAAAAAAAAAAAAAAAAAAAAGUCAACCCCUUUAAAUCCCUAGCUAGCGUGUCAAUCUUCAGAUUAUUCAUUUACCGUUCACACUUUUGAUCCAUUCCCAGAAUUUAAGCGCGCAUGCAUUUUAAAACAUCUGCUGUACGCCUCAACAUCACACCAGCUUUCAAAGAAAUAUCUUUUAUUUUUGUUAUUUAUUUUUGUUCCUUACACAGAAGUAUAGCAUAUGAACAUUUUAUUAUUAUUAUUAUUAUUUUUUUUUUUACAAGGAAACAUUUCUUUAAAUAAAAACAUUCAGGCCAAAAAGCAAAGGAUAAAAGGCAUCUAAAGUGUUUCUGUCGUAUGGUUAUGUAUACACAGCGACGUAUACACACACGGGACGCGUCCGUAAAGGCGGAAAUAAAGCUCGAAUAAAACUCUAAAAAGCGUGCGAUGGAAGGAAAAGCGACGAUGUUGGCCGUGUUCCAAACACAAACCAGCUCCCUUUCGUUGACCCGCGUCUACCCUUCUUGUUUGUUUUUUUUCUUUGCUAAACACUUUACGGUAAUCAGCAUUAACUCUCCGAACUACAAUCAUAUACGGUUUUCUAGCUGGGCGGGUUUUAUUUAUUUAUUCAUUCAUUCAUUCAUUCAUUCAUUUAUUUAUUUAUUUUCGGUCAUCUGAGCGACCCACACAAAGUAAAAACAUGAACAUGGCAGAAUUGUAAAACCUUCAGCCUUUCCGAUCACAGAUUUGGUUUAUCAGCUUUAACAGUGUCGCCAUCGAUGCGUCGGCUAACGUUCUAAUCGCAAUAUUAAACGUCAUGUUACGUUUCCGUGUACGAACCUCUUCGGAGUUUUACACUGCGGAUGAGAUGAAUCCGUUUUU